AUGGGCGAUUACGACCGAAGACGCCAUCAUGGCGGUGGUGGUUACAACAACAGGAAGAGAAGGAAUCGAGUCAGGGUUCGCCGACAGCUUCUGUCGCUUGCCGAGUCUCCCCUCCGACGAUGGCACGAGGAAGUCCAGAGCAUUGCCCACGUCGUUGCUGACAAUGCUGAAGAUACGGAGCUGCGCGAAAGCUUCGUCAGUCUCGUUCUUCAGCUUGCUUUGGAACAACCUCUCAAGACUCCCUUCGUUGCGGGAGUCAUCCUCUUGGUGAACACGCUGAAGGGUGAGAUCGUCGACGAGAUCCUGGCCAAGCUGAGCGCUGCGACUCAGGAGAAGAUUGAAGCUGGGCAAUGGAGGGAUGUCAAGCUGUACCUCAAGCUUCUGGCUUGCUUGCAGAGCUGCCUCGACGACGAGGGCAUAUUCCCCGUCUUGGAGGAGCUUUUCAACCGUGCUGUGGAUUUGCAGACCGCAAGCUCUGAUGACACCAUCGGUACAGAAUUGGUCAAGAUCAUUCUCCUUACGAUCCCCUACAUCAUGGCAGCAGCGCCUGGUCAGUGGCAACAGAAGGCUGCCGACCUGAUGGACAAGACCGAUAUCAUCGCAUCCGAACCCCAUGCACUGCAGGCAUUGAUCGACCCAUACCUCCCGGAAGCGAAGGACGAAACGACAGGCUCCAUGAGCGUGAUUGCCCUGCUGCAGAAACAAUUGCAAACCGAAGCCGCCAACAACUGGGAGCUUUCUUGCCUUCCCAGACCCUGGAAGCUGCCGUUGGAAGAGAUCGAAGCUCAGGAGAAGCUCGACAACGCUGCAAAGCACAACCUGCCAACCAUUACGGUCCCUGAGAAAAUCAUCGCCGGCCCCCGACCCCUCUUUCCCGAGGUGUAUUUCUCGGUCUACAGCUCUCAGGACGUCGAGUCGGUACCUCCGGUCACGGACAUUGCUGCGUCGUUGAUUCGCGAUGGACUGGUCGAUACGAUUAACAUUCUAGAUUUCAACCGCAACGUUACCGCGCGCUACCUCAUCGACUUGGACUGCUAUUUCUCUGACACCACUUUUGUAAAGCGCGCCACUCCGUUCGAUAGGCUGCGAGAAAUGGAUUCCGGCAAGUCGUCAUGGAAGCCCGAGGACGUAGCUGUCGAUGCUGUGUUCUCGCAGCUCUUCCAGCUUCCCACCCCCGAGCACAAGCUCGUGUACUACCACUCCGUUCUUACAGAAGCCUGCAAAAUAGCGCCUGCAGCCAUCGCGCCCAGCUUAGGUCGUGCUAUUCGUCACAUGUACCGCAACUCUAGCAGACUGGAUCUUGAGCUCUCGCAGAGAUUUGUCGACUGGUUCUCGCACCACUUGAGCAACUUCGGCUUCACAUGGAAGUGGUCGGAAUGGGUUGAUGACGUUUUCCUCCCCGAUGUUCAUCCUCAGAAGGCAUUCAUCAUCGGAGCUCUUGACAAGGAGAUCAGACUGAGCUUUGCUCAGCGCAUCAAGGGAACACUCCCUGAGCCAUAUCAGUCCCUGAUCGGCCCGGACAAGGAAAAAGACGUCCCCGAUUUCAAGUUCAACGACGACAGCACUCCAUUUGCAGACGAGGGUCGCGAAAUCGCCGCCCUGCUGAGACGCAAAGCGGCAGACGAGGAGUUUCAGCCAAUCAUCGAGAGGAUUCACUCGCUUGCGAUAGAACGCGACCUUGACCCCUUGGUGGCCAGCACUGAUGUUUUCGUCACUGCCGUCUGCUGGGUUGGAUCCAAGUCCCUCAGUCACGUUCUAGCCUGUAUCGAGCGAACGAAGGAUCGACUUCUUGAUGUGGGUGCGGCGUCUGAGGCGGCUAAGGCCCAAAUCAUAACCGCAGUCAUGUCUUACUGGGCUGCCCAACCUGGCGUGGCGAUCUCAAUCGUAGAGAAGCUCUUGAACUACUCGAUCCUGUUGCCUAUUUCAGUCAUCCAGUGGGCACUGGUUGGCAGCAGCCACGUCAGCGGACAAUCCUCAGGCGACUCCCUGGCCCAAACCCACGUCUUCGAGCUGGUGUUUGGAACGGUGGCCAAGGUCACGGGGCGCGUCAGACAACUGUUGACGGAGGCUGGGGCGGAUGAAGAGGCCAAGGAGCGGGAAGUCAAGGCUAUGCGCGACCUCUUCAAGGCGAUGGAGGAUGCCUUGGUCAGCUGGGCGUCCGGCAGCAAGGACGAGAUGAUGGAGGGCAUGGACGGCGCUGGCCAGCGUGAUGCGCUUCUUCGCCGGUGGGGUGAGCGAUGGCUUAGGACAUUCCGACGCAGAGCCGCCAUCGAGGAGGCUUUUAUUCUGGAGGCUUCCAAGAAGCAGUCGCCUUCUGCUGACGGCUCUUGA